UCAAAAUAUAGGCUGAAGAUGUAUAUAAAAACGGAAAAACUUGUGGAGAACUGAUAAAAUUGGAUAACAUCUCAGUCUGUAGUCUGCUACUCCUUCCCCCGUCGACAAUGGCAGCCACAGCAUCUCUCUCGUCAAUCUCCUUUCUUUCCUCCUCAAUUUUCCUCUCCAACCCCAACCAUUCUCGCACCGACCUCAAUUUCCUCAAACCCAAAUCCAAUCUCAGAUUGCGGGUUUCCUCCGCCACCACUAUCCGCUGCGAACUGGCCACCCUCCCCGUCCUCUCCUUCGACGGGACCCAGGUCGGCACCGCCGCCCUCAACCUCAAGUCCGCCCCCUCUGAUACCGCUCGCGCCGUCGUCCACCGCGGCAUCACCACCGACCUCACCAACAACCGCCGCGGCACCGCCUCCACCCUCACCCGCGCCGAGGUCCGCGGCGGGGGUCGGAAACCCUACGGUCAGAAGAAGACAGGCAAUGCCCGGCGCGGGUCGCAGCGGACCCCUCUCCGCCGUGGAGGCGGCGUCAUCUUCGGGCCGAAGCCCAAGGACUGGUCCGUCAAGAUAAACAAGAAGGAAAAGAGGCUUGCCAUCUCCACUGCCAUCGCUAGUGCAUCUGAGAACACCAUUGUUGUCGAGGAUUUUGAGGACAAGUUCGAGAAGCCAAAGACCAAGGAGUUCAUAGCCAUGUUGAGAAGGCUGGGGCUGGACCCGAAGAAGAAAUCGAUGUUCCUGUUGACCGAGCUCUCGGAUAAUGUGAGGCUGUCGAGCAGGAAUGUCGGGACUCUGAAAAUGCUGACGCCCAGGACACUCAACUUGUUCGAUAUUUUGGACUCACAGACUUUGGUUCUCACAAAAGGGGCCGUCGAGUUCUUGAACGAGAGGUAUGGGGAUUUCAGCGAGGAUGAUGAAGAAGAGUAUGAGCUGGAAGAAUGGGAGGAUGCUGAUGAAGGAUCUGAGGUAGAAGAGAAUCCUGAUACAACAGAUUGAUGCUGUCAUCUACAUUUCAUGAUCUCUUCGAAAGUCCUUCCUUGUAUUAUACAAGCGGGUCAAAAAAACUCUAGAGUCGCCAAAAACUACCAUCAAAAUUUAUUUUGUGCAGAUUGUAUCAGGUUGCAGGCUGAUAAACAAAAUUCCUAAGCAAGAUGCGCACCUAUCUCAAAUUUAUCUUAUCUUUCGUAUAUUCUUGUCAUUUUGACUCGUUAGUUGACAUGGUUGGUAUAAUGCAUAAUAUAGUCACACUUUACCGCUCAUUAAUUAUGUCAACUCAUUUAUAUAGGCUGCCUCUCUUCUAGAUUUUGGCACUCUCAUGUCUCUAAAUCUUUGCAAUUGUGUCCCUGUUCUAUAUAGGCUGCCUCUCUUCUAGAUUUUGGCACUCUCAUGCCUCUCUUAUAAAGUGUGAUCUUUCUUGACAUCUUGAAGAUAUCUAUGAAGUAACAUUUACAGAUGACAAACACCACAUCUCGAAAUUAUUGGAAAUG